CGCAAACUCUGGAAAGCUAACAUCCCCACCGCGCCUGGUACAAAGAGUGACAUUUUUCGAUUAAACAUUUUUCGUUUUAUUUGAGUAAAAUCUCGUAUUUACCUCAGUAAUGGUGGACGAUAAAGUCGAAAUGAACAACGACACUGAAGCUUUCACCGCCACAAACACCAACGACCCGAAAAAUGUCCAAGAAUUGACCCAAUACGUUCAGGGGCUCCUCCAAACCAUCCAAGACAAAUUUCAAAACAUGUCCGAUCAAAUUUUAACCAGAAUAGAUGAAAUGGGCAACCGAAUCGAUGAUUUGGAAAAAAAUAUCGGCGAUCUAAUGACUCAAGCUGGAGUUGAAGGGGCGGAAAAGUAAAACCGAUUUGUUAGUGUCGGCCUCUUCAUCCAUCGAAUUCACAGCUUUGUAGGCGUUAGUCAAGACUUCCAAAGCCCGCGCAUGGUACCCCAUUUCAAUCGCCACAAAGUCGAGCAAAAUUGACUUCAUAUCGUGGAGUUUUUGCUUCUCAAAUUCUGUGCUUUUUUCCUCCAAAUUACGUAAAGUUUUCGAAAAUUCGGCACUCGCUUUUACUAAUUCAGUCUCUGCUUGUAACUACAAUUUUUCAAUUAUAAUAAAUAGUGUCUCAAAUAAAUAUUUUUUCACAA